GGUUCCGUGAGAGCCGUUUGCCCCACCCCACCUCUUCAACGCUAUCUAUCUCAAUGUACAAUUCUGAGAGGAAAAAAGGGGGCAAAAAUAAUUCAGAGUAACACUGCAAAGGAACGAUUCUCAGCUCCCCGACCGGUUCAUCGGAGCCGCCGCGGCCUGUCGGCGGUCCAAAGAGGUGUCUCGCCGUUGGACCAGUGAUUGAAAACACCGCGAUGGGCUGUCUGGGCAAUAGUAAGACUGAAGACCAACGAAAUGAGGAGAAGGCACAGAGGGAAGCCAACAAAAAGAUAGAGAAGCAGCUCCAAAAAGACAAACAGAUAUACCGGGCGACUCACCGGCUACUACUAUUAGGGGCCGGUGAAUCCGGGAAAAGUACGAUAGUGAAACAGAUGCGAAUAUUGCACGUUAAUGGCUUCAAUGCAGAGGAGAAAAAGCAGAAAAUUCAUGAUAUUAAAAACAACAUUAAAGAAGCCAUAGAGACGAUUGUGGCUGCCAUGAGUACACUCACACCUCCCUGCCAGUUAGCCUGUCCUGCAAACCAAUCCCGGAUCGAUUACGUCCUGAACCAAGCAAACCAGAAGGAUUUUGAGUUUCCGUCGGAGUUUUAUGACCAUGCAAGGAUCCUCUGGCAGGACGAGGGUGUGCGGGCAUGCUGGGAAAGGUCCAAUGAAUAUCAACUCAUCGACUGUGCACAGUACUUCUUAGACAGGAUUGAUGUGGUGAGGCAGAACGACUACACACCCACCGAUCAGGACCUGCUGCGAUGCAGAGUACUGACAUCUGGAAUCUUCGAGACAAGAUUUCAAAUAGACAAAGUCAAUUUCCAUAUGUUCGAUGUCGGAGGUCAGAGGGAUGAACGCCGAAAAUGGAUCCAGUGUUUUAAUGAUGUGACGGCGAUCAUCUUCGUGGUGGCGAGUAGCAGCUACAACAUGGUGAUCAGAGAAGACAAUCAGACUAACAGACUACAGGAAGCCCUCAAUCUUUUCAAGAACAUUUGGAACAACAGGUGGCUACGGACCAUUUCGGUAAUCCUCUUCCUGAACAAACAGGACCUGCUCGCUGAGAAGGUUUUGGCAGGGAAAUCUAAAAUUGAGGAGUAUUUCACAGAGUUUGCACGCUACACUACACCUGAUGAUGCAAUACCAGAACCAGGAGAAGAUCCCCGUGUUACCAGGGCAAAGUACUUCAUACGGGAUGAGUUUCUGAGGAUCAGCACAGCCAGCGGGGACGGACGACAUUACUGUUACCCUCACUUCACCUGCGCGGUCGACACCGAAAACAUCCGCCGUGUCUUCAAUGACUGUCGUGACAUCAUACAGAGGAUGCACCUACGGCAGUACGAGCUCUUGUGAUGGGCAGCAGCAGCGUCUGGUCUACUUCUCUACCUACCAACCUACCUAGCUACCCUCCCCUCCUCCCCCAUGACCAGUUAGCCAAUCACCCCCCUCCACCUCCACCAACUUCAUCCAACCGAGCGAGCAAGCGAGCGACCGCCUGGCCUCCCCUCCACCCUGAUACAACUUCUCCUCCUGUCAACGCACCUUUCAGAAAAAACGAACAGUGGAAUGACUUUUUUUUUUUUUUUUUUUUUUUUUUAAAUAAAAAGAAAAAAGAAAAAGAAGUUACGGAUACACACCAACAACAGUUUCAUCAACUAUUAGCCUGGACUGACUGCUGUACUCGGCUACACUUUGACCCAGGACUGAGGGUUGAGACUGGAAUCCCUCAGUGUAGGCGAUCUCUCCUUUUAGCUCUCUCUCAGAUAUUUGAACACAAACACACUCGCAGGUACACACACACACUACAGAAUAAGAAAUUCAGACCCUUAAAUAGGUUUUAAUAUCACACACACACAUACACACACCCUUUUAAAACCAAGUCCUCCUGCUUUUCACAGUCGGCAGAGGAUGGAUAAAAUAACGUGUUCUGAGAGAGAGGAGUUUAUUCACCGCGUGCUGAAGAUGAACGAAGGAAGAGAAGAAGCGAACGACGGACACGGAGGGUGGCAGACUGAUACAGAGGAGGGCAGUAAGCCUUUCUGUGCCCAGGGACAGACGGACAGACAGACUAAUUGACUAGCGGCUGCCUGUGGAUGUGAGCGUGACUCGAACAUAAGACCACACGGCUCACAUGACCUGCUCUUCAAGAAACCAGUCGAGGAGGGAUGGCAGAAAACAACAACAAACAAACAAAAAAAAAGGAUUUAAAAUUUAAAAAAACAAGAAAAAUAUCAUACAAUGCAUAGAUUCAUGCAUACCAGUGAACUUCAUGCAGUGCAAAAAAUCCAAGCUAUAUAUAUAGAUAUUUAUAUAUGUGUGUAUAUAAAUAUGUAUAUAUAUAAAUAUAAAUAUUAUAUAUUCCUGUAAUAACACAAUUCAACUUUUAAGUUUUUGUUAGUUUUUACCCCAUGUUGUGUGUUGGUGUACACUGUGUGUGUGAUCUGCCUUUGUGCACCAUUUAACCCCCCACCCCUACACACACACACAAACACACACACACACACACACACAUGGAUAUACAUCCUCACCCCUCUUGCCCCUGCUGCUAUUUGACAACUAUUCAGCAUAUGGAAAAUAAAGGAGAGGUUUUAUUUAAUAAGGAGAAAAAAACAAAGCAAAAAGGAAAGCAUGAAGUUACAGAAAUGACUGGAUGCAACAUUUUUACCUGGGAGCACACACACACACACACACACACACACACAAAAGCUCCAGCCCUCAUCAGACCCCUCCUCGUCCACACAACGACCUCCCCUCACUCCCUUCCUCCCCCGCCUCCCCUCUCGUCUUGUUCUCUCACCUCUCCCCACACCCGCUCCCACCACCCCACCCGGCUUUAAGUACGUCUGUCUUUAUUUUACUGCUGGACUAUUAUUCUUGUACAGACUGUAAAAUGUAUUAUUUUGUACAACUUUAUUGAAGAAAAAAAAAUAACUUGUAGAAGAUCCCUGUGCCUUGAUCACGACUGUACGUGUAAAAAUGAGCUAAUAUGUAAGUUAUGUUUCACUGCGCUGUACAGCUGGACGGGUCUGUCCCACCUCGUCCGAGCUAGCUCACCCCUCCGCCGGGGGCCGAGGGAGGGGACGGGCAUCGGAUCGGGGCGGAGGCCUUUCGUCUGUUGCUUAGUUUUCCAUUUAUUUUUUUUUUUUGUUUCCCCACAUUUGUUUGUUCGUUGAUUCAUUUGUUUUGCUUUGACUCUCCUCUGGUUUAUAUAAUAGGAUUUGAAAAAAAAAUGAAGGAAAAAAAAAAGAUAAUCAGACACACCACCUUAAUGCUGUGUAGUGGAAGAUACUGAACCGUAACACAAUUUAAUAUAUAUAUAAAAUAUAUUUCAGAUUUUAUAUUUUAUAUAUAUGUACUGUACACUUAUAUCUAUCUCCCUUGUGAGCUGUCGCCCGGGUUUCCUUUGCUUUCUGUCAGUAACAUCUGCAAAUAUUUUACAGAAGGUGGUCAUUCUGGGUGCAAUGGGGUGGGUAUUCAUUUCUUUUUUUAAAUUUUAUUUUAGCUUUAACUCUUUUGAAGGAGAGGGAAAUAUCCAAUUGCAAAACAUUGCUUGUUUCUACAUAAACCAAAUUCUUUUUGCUUAAACAAGAGGAAACAGUUGUA